GAGAGAAUUGAGACAAUAAUCGAGAGAAAGAUGCAAGCUAUCUCCAAAGUUUCUUCUGCAGCAUCCUUCUUGAGAUGUUCUAGGAAGCUAGCUAGUCAGCCAUGUGUGAGGCCUUGCGUGAGACAGCUUCACCUCAGAAAGGGUCUUGUCUCUGGUGCCAUGAAGCUUUUCUCUUCCCCUCUUAGGACUUUGCGUGGUGCUGGUAAAUCCGUUCGCUUUUCAAGAUUCUGCAGUGUCUCCAAUGUAUCUUCCUCAUUGCAAAUUGAACUGGUGCCAUGUCUCGCGGACAACUAUGCUUAUAUCUUACAUGAUGAGGAUACUGGUACAGUUGGUGUGGUUGACCCUUCUGAAGCUGUACCUGUUAUGGAUGCGCUGCAGAAGAAUAGUCGAAACCUAACUUACAUAUUAAAUACACAUCACCAUUAUGAUCACACUGGUGGCAAUUUGGAAUUAAAAGACAGGUAUGGUGCAAAGGUGAUUGGCUCAGCUGUAGAUAGGGACCGAAUUCCUGGAAUUGAUGUAGCCUUGAAAGAUGGUGACAAAUGGAUGUUUGCUGGCCAUGAAGUCCAUGUUAUGGAAACUCCUGGCCACACUAGAGGCCAUAUUAGUUUCUACUUUCCAGGGGCACGAGCAAUUUUCACCGGGGACACCUUAUUUAGCUUAUCAUGUGGUAAGCUCUUCGAAGGUACUCCAGAGCAGAUGCUAGCUUCUCUCCAAAGGAUAAUUGCUUUGCCAGAUGAUACAAGCGUAUACUGUGGCCAUGAAUACACACUGAGUAAUUCCAAAUUUGCGUUGUCUAUAGAACCAACAAACGAAGUACUUCAGUCUUAUGCAGCUUACGUUGCAGAACUCCGUAACAAGAAAUUACCAACGAUUCCAACAACGAUGAAGAUGGAGAAAGCCUGUAACCCGUUUCUCCGCGCUGGGAACACAGAUAUCCGUCGAGCUUUAGGUAUUCCAGAAACAGCAGAUGAAGCAGAAGCUCUGGAGCCGACAAAAGCAACCGAGAAGAUGUCGUUGUCUGAGACGAAAGCUAUGGGGUUAGAAGAUGCUGGAGAUUUGAUUCUCCACAUCGUAUUAUCCAAAAUCGGCCCUGAAAGCACCGCGAGAGUGGCUUGUGUCAGUAAACGCCUUAAGGUUUCCGCCUCCGAGGAAUCUCUCUGGUCGAUCUUCUGCUCCAAUGAUCUUAAUAUCUCUACUCCUCUCGAUCCCCAUGGAGAUCCUGCUCCUUCCUUCAAGAGAGCAUAUCAAUUGUGGAGGGAGUCAUUUAGAAUGUAUCCUUGGAAUCUAGUUAAGCGCGUUAGACUUUGUUGGGACAAGCUCAAACUAUGGUUGAUCUUAAACUUCCCUGAAGCAAAGGCAACUCUGAGGAAAGGUGCCACAGAAGAUGAUCUUCAAGAAUUGGAGACUUCUCUCAAAGUGAAACUUCCUCUUCCCACAAGGCUUCUCUACCGUUUCGUUGAUGGUCAAGAGCUUUCUUCCUCCAAUGGGCUUGAUGGCUCUUUAGGGCUUAUAGGUGGCUAUUCUGCUUAUUCUCAUGACGUUAAUGUCUACUUGCUACCUCUUAAGGAAGUCAUUAGGGAGACCAAGGAAACCAUGCUCCACCUCGGUUUCUCCAGCAGAUUAAACCUUAUCGUUAUGGCUGCAUCCGUAGUUGCCAGUCUGAAAAUCUUUUUAUUAGACUGCACAAACGGACAGCUUUUUACUGGGACAAGUAACCGCCAAUUGCUUCCUUGUGUCCCUGAUUCUUUGGUUAGAUCUGUUCAUGAUAUCAACGGCGAUCUGCAGCAGGAUGCCAUGCUGCUUUGGUUGGAAGAACAUGGCCGGCGGCUACAAACCGGCACUAUAAAAGUCCGCGAACAGUACAAUGUCAAGAGUAUCAGUUUGUUCCCGGAGAUUCCUCCCUUGUGUUCUGUCGCCGUAACUAAUGGUGUGCAGGUACGUGCUUCGUCUGUUUUUAUCCCGGAAAUAUCUAACCUUCGGGAUCAGCCACCGGCAUACUGGUAUGCAUAUUCAAUCCGGAUGUCUCUCAUGCCAGAAGGAUGCAUCUUGAAUGGGACACAUCAUAGCUCUUGCCAACUGUAUUGGAGACGUUGGGUUAUCCGAGCUGAUAAUGAAGCGAUAGAUAAUGUUAAUGGAGAAGCUGUGAUAGGAAAGUACCCGCUCUUACAAGCCGGAGAGGAAGAGUUUGUGUAUGAGAGUUGUUCCAGUUUUCCAACAACUGCUGGAUCCAUUGAAGGCUCUUUCACCUUUGUGCCUGGAAGUUUGAGAGAUCCAAAAGGGAGUCAAUUCGAAGUCAAAGUCGCAGAGUUUCCUCUGGAGUUACCGGACUACAUCUUCUGAACUCUUUCUGGCACAAGGUUCGUUACUCUUUCAAGAUAAUUCGUUAUAUCGGUUUUCAUUGUCCAUACAGCAUGCAAUGUACUUAUAAGAUAAAGGUGUGGGAUCAAC